UAAUGGAUAUUAAAAGUAGCAAUAAGUAAAAGUUACAAUACAGUGUGUUGUGAAACAUAUCACUUGUCACCGGCUUGAGUUUCAAUAUCAGGAUACAUGUACUGUAUUUAUUAUCCUUUCAAGAAUGGAAGUAGCCUAUCACAUACAGAGCAUAUGGGACAAAGUUCCCCGAACAGUGUCCUUCACAUGCCUAUACACAAGAGAGGGGGUUACACUGUCACAAGAUGGAGGAAUACCGGUUCAAAGCAGUAUACAAUGUUUAGCUAAGGCCUGUGUAUUGCAAUAAACAUGACAGUCAUAUGCCUAUCUCCCUAGGGGCUGAACCAUCAAGGUAAUCAUAGGAACAUAGCUAGAUGUUCAACAGUGUCUCAUGAGCAUCAUCCAUCAUACAUCCGGUUAAGUAUGCUACACAGUUACAGUUAGGCCUCUGUUAUCAUGUGCUACUCUGAUAUUGAAAGAGUAGGCCUACAUACAAUCAGUAUUUUCCCAACACAAUGUAAAAGUCCUGCAUUGAAAAAGUAAAAAGUAGCUUGCUCCAAGUACUCGUUAUGAAAAACGUGUGGUAGCCUACCGUACUUGAGUAAAUGUACUCAGUUACAGACCAUAUUAAUGCUUAUGCACAUUAAGUUGAAUAUAGCGUUGUGGGCCAGAGGUCAGCAAACACAUGGAUACCUGCAAACUAAUGGUUAUUACGGUAUAUGUUCAGUUGAACAAAGGUGCGUGCAGGUAUGAUAGGUGUCACUACUGCACCCUGUAUUUUGCUUAUAAGCUUUCACUUGUUAACAGCCAACAAGGGAGCGGCUUUAUCCCUACUUUAUAUGCGGAAGUUCACCCCAUUUCAGAAAGUGCACAGCACGGCCUACUUUUCCAAAUGCUAUGGCUCAUGUGCGGAGAUAGAGAGAGGGGGGAGCCAGUGGGAGACAGUUUUCCCUCUUAUGCUGCUGCUGCUUGCUGUGCCAAUGCGCAAACAGUCCCCGCCGUGGGAUAGGUCUCCCCAAAUUGAGGCUGCGCUCGACACGAUCAUGCGAUUGAAUGACGAGCGCGUCAUGCUCGUCUUCCUCCUCUCCUGCCUGCUCCGUGCGAUCAGUGGCUCUGUGUUCCGCAAUCCCCUGGGAUACUGUACCGCCCUCGAGGAGCCUGCUAUCGGCGUUUAGCUCAAACUGAAUGGCUUCCCAGAGCAAGGAAAAACCGGGAGAGAGAGAUCUGCGUCUCUUCCUUUGAACCAGCAUCAACUUCCCAGCGAGGGGACCUUUUGGUGGUGUGCCUAGGCGCACCAUGGCCCAGACCCUCCAGAUGGCGAUUCCAAACUUUGGCAACAAUGUUUUAGAGUGUCUGAAUGAACAGCGACUGCAGGGCCUUUACUGCGAUGUCUCCGUGGUGGUCAAGGGCCAUGCCUUCAAGGCCCAUCGAGCUGUGCUGGCUGCUAGCAGUUCUUAUUUCCGUGACCUUUUCAGCAGCAGCAAUAACGGAGGCGGGAUCAGCAAUGAUACAAGCCCCACCGUGGUGGAGCUCCCGUCGGCCGUGCAGCCCCAGAGCUUCCAGCAGAUCUUGUCUUUCUGCUACACAGGCCGUCUCAGCAUGACGGUGGGGGACCAGUUCCUGCUCAUGUACACGGCCGGCUUUCUGCAGAUCCAACAGAUCAUGGAAAAAGGCACAGAGUUCUUUCUCAAGGUCUCCUCUCCAAGCUGCGACUCCCAGGGCCUUCACGCUGAGGAGGCCCCCCCCUCUGAGCCCCAGAGCCCUGUGACUCAGACCAGUAACAGUGCAGGCCGGCCUGCCUCCUGCCUGACGCCGCUGCCUCUGGUGUCCCGGGUGAAGACGGAGCAGCCAGCGAGCCAGCCGGAAGCAGCCGCCCCCUACUCUGUGGUCUGCACCCCUGUGGCCAAGCGGCUGUGGGAGGGGGGCAGCAGCGGGGUCGGCUCAGGGGGAGGAGGCGGGGCUAGGAAAGCAGCCCGUUAUUCCCAGGAGGCAGUGCGGGGUAGUGCCAUUCAGAGCCCCGGAGCCCUGGGACUGGCCAUGGGUAUGGGGGCCAACGUAACCAGCCUGGCCGGCAUGGUUGCCGGGGGCGGGCUCAGUGGCAACACUGGGACCAAUGGGAGCUACGCAGCGGGCCUCGGCGUGUCAGAGGGGGCCAGUCCCGGCACCCUCAGCACCUACGCCAGCGACUCACCCAUCAGCUAUCACGAUGAUGAAGAAGAGGAAGAGGCGACAGACGAAUGUGCUGAAGAGCAGUACAGGCAAAUCUGCAACAUGUAUACCAUGUACAGCAUGCUCAACAUGGGCGCCGCAGCAGCUGGUGAGCGUGUUGAGGCUCUACCAGACCACACAGAGACUCGGGGUCGAAUGCGAGGCAGAGACCUCACAUGUCUGCCUGCAGAACUCGUCGCUCAGAUAGGCAACCGCUGUCAUCCCAAACUGUACGAGGAAGGAGACCCCGCUGAGAAACUGGAGUUAGUCUCAGGUAUGGAUUGGGUGUUCUCAAAGAAAACCAAAGGUACUUCUGUGUAUAUAUCGCGAGCCCAGCUAAUGAACUGUCACGUGAGCGCAGGGACCAGACACAAGGUGCUGCUGAGGAGGCUGCUGGCCGCCUUCUUUGACAGGAACACUCUGGCUAACAGCUGUGGAACAGGCAUCCGCUCGUCCACCAACGACCCGAGCCGCAAGCCGCUGGACAACAGAGUUCUGCACGCGGUCAAAUUUUAUUGCCAGAACUUUGCCACGAGCUUCAAAGAGAGCGAGAUGAAUGCCAUCGCAGCGGACAUGUGCACCAACGCCCGCCGCGUGGUCCGUAAGAGCUGGAUCCCCAAGCUGAAACUACUGAUGGCCGAGAGCGACGCCUACACCGCCUUCCUUCCCGACGGAGUCAAGAUGGAGGACACCUUGGGGGCGGACCCAGCCUUCGACCCAACCUCCCUGGAGGCUGCCGGCGGGGCCGGCAUGGAGUCAGGUGGCUCUUCAGGUGAAUCGCUACCAGGUGUAGGCGGGGAAGGAGGAGCCUUAUUUUGAACUUUGUGUCCGGGGAAGGUUGAGAUUUGGUGACACACGUACCAGUAUUCCCCAGUUUUGCUUGCCUCCUCACUCUUUGGCCCACGCUGAUCUCUCACAUGUGACUGUCUAUACUACACUGCUGGGGUCGACAGCUGUUACCCUGAUGUAACCAGGACAUGAACACUUAUUUGCUUUAUGACUGUACAAUGAAGGUAGUUGAGGAAAGGGAGAGAGUGAGAAGGUUUUCUCCAAACUGUCCCCUUGUCUUUUUAAGGUGUGUAAACGCAUCCACUGUUUAAUAUUAAAUACAUUCCUUGAUAUGAAGGUGAUUGGUGGGUUACCAUUGCAGAAGUGGAAGGAUGGCUGUAAGGAAAGGGUUAGGAGUAAACCACUUCCAGCCUAGGAGAAGGAACUAAAACAAUAAAAUAGAACCAAUAAUAUAAUUUAACACUACCUGUUUUUCCUCCCCUGCACCUUCCCAUCCUCGCGCUGCAACUGUUUUCGCCACAUCACCUUUUCUCCAGACCUAGAGAAUCUCUCCUGAGUGUUUCACUGUGCAGUGUCUUAUAGAACUGUCAUCUUCCUCUUCUUCUGUUUCCUCAAAUUGUAGCAUGUUUCUCUGUCUAUGAACUGAAUACGUGAUAAAGAGAGAAGGGGAACGCUUUUUACUGAGAUGAUUGUAAAGAGAAUUUAAAGGGCAACGGGUUAUAAAAUAUGGUCAUAUUUUUAGAAGACAAACUAUAUUUAUACAAGUGCUCAUGCCUAGAACGGCGUGAGCCGAAGAGAGUGAGAGGGAUUGUUUUAAAAUCUCGAUCUUCAUGUUUAAUUGAAAGAGGUCUUGUCAAAUAAGGAAAGUGCUAUUUUUGCAUAAAAAAGGAGUCUUAUCACAAGACAGUCAUUUAUUUGUAUCUUUAUUUGACAGUGCAGAGAGAUGGAAUGAGCAGUUGAACUGCUAAAUAUGAAGCAUUUCAUCUUCUUUUCGCUAGCUUAAAGGAAUAAUAAGACUGAUACAGUUGGCUUGACUGUUGUCUAUGAGAUCUAUUUCUUGUUAGGUGGUGAACCUGAAUAAUUUGCCUCCUUUCGAUAAAACUUUAGUCCACAAUUAUGAAGAUUACUUGUAAUAUAAGGUUAUAUUGAUCUGACAGCUCGGGCAGUAUUCAUGUUUUUUAAAAAGAAAAAAGAACUGCUGACAAAUGCAAAAGUCACAGGGAAUAAUUACAUAAAAUAGGAACGUGCCUUUUUAAUUUAAAUCAGUAAGCAGAAGCUUGGUGGGUACAGUGAUGUCAUGAGGAGGCAAUGAUGCUUGAAGCAAAUGGUUGUUUGGUACGAUCCACGUGUGCAAAACAGUUAUUUGAGUAAGAAGGAGAGCCUGUAUUGCACGGCUGUGUCUUUUCAGUAUGUCGUUUAUUCAUGUAUCUAAUCUUUACGAUGGAAAUUCGAAAAUGGCUGACAGUUUUGUUUUAGAGUUUGAAAUGAUUUUGCACCUUAAUAAGAAGAACCAGCGGUUCAUGCACCUUUUUGAGAAAUGUUGUGUAGCAACUGAACCCCUUUUGGUGGAAUUUGUCUUUUUGUUUUCCAUGUCUGCCUGCGUUUCUUGUUUAGAAAUUGGCACAAAUUCCUACUGUAAAUAAUCAAAACGACUGUUGAGUUAAACCCCAAGUGUUCUUCCUUUCUGUUGCUGGAUGCAUCUGAUUGUGAAAUGUUCAAAACUGACCUUUUUUUGUACGUGAAAGUUUGUAUUUGCUUUUUUUGAAUGGCCUGUUAUUGGUCAACACAGGGGGUUCAGUAUUCCUGUUGCAGUUGGUUAUAAGAGAAAACGUUAUGGGUAUGACUUGGGAAUGUGUUGUUAACUUGAAAUGCUCCUACAGAUGAUUACUUUCUCCUUCUGGAGGGGCAUUUCUAAAAAGGUUUUUAUUUUUCUGAAGACAGGUACAGGGUAAAAAAAACAGGAAGGAAUUUAUUAUUUUUAAUGAAAGCAGUUGAUGCAAUCUUAUGGGGGGAAAAGAACAAGAAGCAAGCUUAGCGUAUUUUCAUUUUUGAUUAAAUGAUAAGGAUGAGUUUAUUGAAAUAGUUUGACCUGAUGGUUUAUGGAAAGAACAAAAAUGCAGUACCUCGUAUUCUGUAAUUAAGGGUAAUGACAACAAAACCUCAGUAAGCUCUACAUCUGACUGUAGAUGCCCCCCCCCUCCCCCACGUACCUCUACAGUAUACUCAAAGACUGUCGUGCUUCCUGUCCUUCAUGCAGCUGGUGUCGAGUUUCACUUCCACAAGUUUAUUCAUCUGUUUCGGAGAGAGAGGCAAAGCAGUGGUUUCAGGUGGUUGAAUCCACAUUUUCAAAUGUUUGUUUAAUUUGCUUAGUGGCUUUUAACUGCAACGUUUACAGUUCACCUCAAAUUACAUCUCGAUGUCUUUCCCUCUUUUUAUAAAUAUUAUGACACCACCUAAAUCAGUGUGAUUAACUCGCCAUAACCAAACAAUAGUUUGAUGGACUAUUACAUGAUGUGUUACUGAUAAUCUGAUAAAAAUAUCAAACUUUUCAAAAGAAACUCACUAAAGUACCAGCUUUCCGGAUACAUGCUUGGUGUAAAAAGUUAAAAGAACCAAGAGACAUGCCAAUCACUAAGACAUGAAUUUAACCCUUUGAAGUUAAUUUCCUAUUUAACAACAAACGUUGUUAAAUAAUAGCUUUUUGGUACCAAAUCUGUCAAUAUUCCUGCCUAGAGAUAUAGGUAUGGCGAUUAAUUUGCACUGUUAAAAUGUCUACAUUUGGUUCCAUUAUUAGAGGCAUUGGUAAAAGGUGAUUGCCAUUGACAUUCUUUGAAAUAUUAAACCGAGAUAACAAAGACUUAAUGAGGAAAAUGUCUAAAUAAAAGUAACUUUCAAAGACAGACAACUUGGAUAAGUUUCUUUCAAUAACCCUUUUACACGGUGACCUACUGAAUGACUCGUACUCCAUUUUGAGUCACUAACUACAGUUAAAAUAUCACAAGUGAAUCAGUAUUGACUCUUAGGAAGCUUUGCUUACGCAUAGCAACCCAGUGCACAUGCAGAAAUGUCCACACCCACUGAGACUAUCCUGCUAUUGCGCCUCAUGAGCCUAGAGUAGAAUUCACUUUAGUUACGGGACUUGUCAGGGGUUUUUACCUAUAGUGAUCGUUCUCUGAUGUCCAAAAAGUCCCUCACCCACAACCUACUUGCUUCAUCUGCAAGAGGUGUGCUUGUGUUUCACUUUCUGUGCAUUAGAGAAUUGAAAGAUUUCAUGCUUCCUUUUUUUCUGUAUGUUCUAAGCAGAUCGUAAUUUCAAAGUAUGUGUUUACACUUCACAAAACAUGUAGACCUACACACUUGAAUGGAUAAGGUGUGGCACGGCACGGGGAACCUUUUGUCUCUAAACAGUACAUAUAUAAAUAUGAUUAUACACAUGUAUAGAUGAAUACUGUAUAUUAUAUAUAGACGCACACAUAGAGGUCAGAUUGUUUGUUGUGCACUCGCAGCAUGAGGUAUAUAUUUACCCAGAAACGGCGCUUCUUCACAACCUGUGCAGUAAUUGGUCUGUCCAUGUCUUUGCCCCUGCUCCUCUCCCUGUGUAACCCUGUAGUGCCAGUGUACAUCCUGUACUUCUCAUCCUAUUUCUUUCUGUGUUCCAAGUGCCAAUAACUUUGUGAAAGCCCUGUAACUGUGACCCAACAUUAUCAAAGGUAAUUGCACAUUAACAACUGUAAAAUAAAUAAAUACAAAUCAUAGAGAAAAAUGUCAAAAUUGAUAAAAUAAUGAAUAUCUUAAUAAAAGA